AUGAAUAACACCACCACCAUCUCCGAUCCAACUUCCGGCACCGGUUGGUUCCUCGGAUUGGAACAAGCCCACGGAUUCGAAUACGCCAUUGGUGUGUCCGCUAGCAUUGUACUCUUGUUUACAACUAUCACAAUGACUUCAUAUUUUUGUACUCGAAGUCAAUCAGCAGAGUUACCGCCAGGAAGACUUGAACAUAAUUGUGUGUUGGAUAUAGGGAUUGAUGAGGCAACACUUAUGAGUUAUCCUAAGUUGUUAUAUUCGGAAGCUAAGGUCAAUAAUUAUUACAACCACUCGUCAACGGCUAGUACUUGUUGUUCAAUAUGUUUAGGUGAUUAUAAGGAUAAUGACAUGCUUAGGUUGUUGCAAGAUUGUGGACAUUUGUUUCACUUGAAAUGUGUGGAUCCUUGGCUUAUGUUGAAUCCAAGCUGUCCAAUUUGUAGAACAUCUCCAUUGCCAACUCCACUAUCUACUCCUUUGGCUGAGGUUGUUCCUUUGGCUUCUAGACCUUCCGGAUUGAUGUUGCAGUAAAAAUU